GAGAUAUAAGAGUCUUUCGGCGUCGGCCUGAAGUUGGUAUUCCAGUCAAAGCAAACCCGUUCUCGCGCAUCCCAUUUCUUCAUCCUUAAGAGAAUCGAGCGAAAUCCUCAUUCGCCCAAUUAUUGUCUUGCUUCUGGACAAUCUAUCCAUCAUGAAAUCUUCGGUUAAAUCUCAACGUCGUGGCGGGGAAGACAUCUCCAUUGAAGAAGAGCCCCUACUGCCAACCAUCACGAAUGCUAGCCAAGACAGUGAGAUCGAUUUGUCUCAGUCAGACUCAUCUCCAAUAGAGGUGACAGGAAGCUUCUCAGGAAACAAAGAGGAGAACCAUGAGUCAUCAGAGGUGAUGGAAGGAGUUGUCCCGUCCCAAGAGUCUACUCACGACAUGGCGGGAGUAUCCACUACGGCCCAAACGCCCCAGAGAGAUCCCAAACAGAACUACCAGAGUCUUCUCUCUGAUGUAGAAAGUCUCCUGGGGCAGCUUGAGAAGACAUCAAAAGACUUGGCUGAAUCGCGUGCGGAACGCGAGGAGUUGGUUGAAGCGCUAAACGAUCUUCGGACCAGGGUCCAGCCAGUUGGCCGUUUGACCAACGGUGAAGUCAUGGACUUUGUGAAGCAAUUAAAGUACAACAUUUCCAAUCUCGCCGAGCAAUGGCCUGAGGGCGAAUUUUCAAAGAACACGUCGAUGGAUGACAAGUAUAGACGACACCUCCAGUCAAUUACCCCGGAGAGUUCAGACUAUCGCACGCUGUUGGAGAAUGACGAUCGGCGUCCGCAAGUAGUCGAGGCUUUCAUUUGGAAAGUACUGACUACUGAAGUGUUUGGGCUCUUCUACUGGGCUGGUGAGUCCGUUGCUCCUCAUAUAAGAGGCCUUCAGUCAAUUUUGACAAUACCCGGUCAACUGAGCUCGCCUAGACUCUGUGACGUUCAGAUGUGGACUUCAAAGACAACGCAGCUGUUCUUGGAAGCUUUUAAUUCUCGAGGGGAUGAUGAAAAGGAGCAGACUAAACUCUAUCUCAAGCGCAUCAAGAGUAGUAUCACUACCCGUAUCAUUGAAGCUCUCGGGUUGAGUAUCAGCUCAAGUAGCAGUAUCGAGGAGCAGCUAGAUGAUAUCCUGCAGGGCGCCAUUGAGUUGGACCAAAGGUUCAGUCAACAGGCUGCUAGAUGGGAAUGGGAGUAUUCUUACGAGAGGCAUCACGAGAGAGGAUUGGUUUUCGACGGUGAUUUUAUGGACUUGGAUCAAGGAGAACGUCUUUCUUCUGAGAAAAAAGUCCAGGUUCAGAAGUUGGUUAAGUUCAUCAUGUCGCCGGCCUUGAUAAAGCGAGGUGAUAACGACGGCGCGAACGACGACCUGAAAGCUACUGUGAUGAAGAUGGUGGUAUCAUGUCAGAGCACCUAGACAAUCCGCGCCAAAGCUAUUGGUUCAGAUCUCAGCCAACGCACAGUCACAUCGGGAAAGUUGAUCCGUUGCAGGGAGAAGAACCUAGACCCCCGCAUUGUGAGGCUUUAAUUUCCCUCGGCAUGAAAUCACUAUGCCAAAACCUCCAAAGAAACUGACUUGAAGAUACUGGUAGUGGCUCUCAAUUCGGGACUCAGGGCGAUAUAUGGAAAGCCAACAUGUCCACUCCAGGGCCUAGUCACAAUAGAUCGCAGACUUAUCUUGAGUCUUCAGUGCCCGAACCACUCGCUAUUUAUCGUCGGCAACUGUGCUGGCUAAAUGUAAGCGGAACUACAUAUUUCUCCACCUCUUAAACCCAUAUUAUUGCGGCUCCAGGGUUACGUAGACCCCUGAUCGAUUUAAGCCCGCCA